GCUGAAUAGAGGAGGGACACGAGUCAGUUAUGAGCAGUGACUCGCUCACUCCACUAAUGCUAUUUGGCUCCGAGUCUGGGGGAUUACACACUAACACCAAUUCUUCAGGACCAUAUAAAUCUCACGGGCGGAGUUUACAGUAGCCCAUUUUCACCUGGUCUCAGGAGUUUUUCAUCAGCUGAGGUUUGGAGUUCAGCUUUCCUCUGGGAAUACAGUGAAGGGGCACGAUGCGGACAAAACUCUCCGGCUUUCUCUGUGUAUGGGCGUUCUUUUUGACCACCGACUGUGUUUCAGGCACGUUUCCAAAGGCCCAGAAUGUCACCUGGGACUCUUUGAACUUCAAGACACUGUUAACAUGGAGCCCUAAACCAGUGAACUAUUCCUAUACGGUAGAGUUCGCCAAAAAGGGCCAGAACAGCGAAAGGCGUCCUUCCUGUAUUCAAACCACUGAAACUGAAUGUGAUCUAACUGCUGGACUCACAGACCUCAAAGGUCAUUACUACGCAGAUGUACUGUCAGAACCAGCGCGGGGCGAGACCUCUGACCUCGUUGAGCACCCCCACACAACAUCUCCCCAGUUCAUUCCCUAUCAAGACACUGUCAUCGGCAAACCUGAAUUUAAGAUUGAGGUGAGCGAUGAUCAGCGGAAAAUAACCCUCUAUGUAACAGACAUCCCAACAGCCAUCAUUGAUGAUAAGAAACAGAGACUGACCAUUCGAGAUAUCUUUAAAGAUGACUUGCAGUAUAAGAUCACCUACAGGAAAGCCAAGAGCACUGGGAAGAAAGAGAAGUUCAGUGCGAGCAGUGAGAUUGUGCUGACGGAUCUGGACAGAGGCAAGAGCUACUGCUUCAAUGUGCAAGCUUACAUUCUCUCCCGCAGACCUGACAAACAGCUGGGCGAGCUCAGUAACGUGCAGUGCUCUCCAGAGGAGGCUACAUCUAUCUUUGAAGAGUACAGCUUGACAGUGAUUGUUUCAGCCAUUCUAGGCAUCGUUGUGAUAAUAGCAGUGGUGAUUGUAGUUAUAGUGGUGUGCUGCAAAAAGCAAAAGCAAAGUGCGCGGAAAAGGGAGCGACUGCCUUUGAGGUACGUGUGAGGAGUGUGUUUUCAUCUCCCUUGAAAACAGAACCUCACACUCAUGGGAAUACAUGGUACAAGCGAACUGGACCCAACAUUUCAAAGCAUCCUCACUUCAACACUUCGGGGGGAAACACUGGAAUUCUACAUUUUGUUUCUAUGAAACUUAACAAGGUAGAUGUUAUCUGUGAUUUAUUAUCUAAUGCUGCAUAUGUUCAUAGCUCUUUUUGUCAAUGGUACUUUCAGUUACUGUCAUUAUUUACUGUACUUUAUAAGCUUGCUGGAGCUUAGAGUUUACUGUUUUUAAUUGGUAGUGAUCAUUGGGGACUACUAAAUAGUUUGGGAGCUUUACUGUUGGGAAAACCAGAAUAUACUUACAUAACUUACAUAACAGAUAUUUUGUGUGUGGGCACUUAUUUAUUUUUGUAUCUUUUAUGAAAGCAAUAUCUGUAUAUUAGUUUUAAUAAUCAUAUUUAUGGUUUUGCAGUUCACUGUAAUAGAUGUACAACUUACAAAGCAUUUUUAAGACCUGAGAGCUACAGAGUAAAAUUAUAUUAUAUUAAAUUAUUAUUAUUAUUAUUAUUAUUAUUAUUAUAUGUAUUGUGUUAUAAAACUGGAGAGGAUAAAUAACCAUGCUAACAAUAAGAAAGAUUCAGACAUUAAAAAAUGUUAUUUGUUACUUUACAGAUGUGUAAUCUGUGGAAAAUGGUACAAAACUUGUGUUAUCAUCACUUUUUUGAAACUUUAAAUAAAUUCUGUACAUUCACUUGAA